AUGACGUCGUCCACGCCCUCCUCAUCUCGUAGCUCCUCCCCCAACAAAGUGUGCCACUCCCAGACACAGACCGAUGUCCUCAAGCCUCUGCUGGGCGGGGCCAUCGCGGGAGUGGGCGGAGCGCUCAGAAAAAGGAGGCGUGUCAUGUCCAAAGAUGGACGCAGCAACAUUCGCAUUGAGCAUGUGAGCGGCCGCAGCGCCCUCUACCUGCGGGACCUGUGGACGACCUUCGUGGACAUGCAGUGGAGAUAUAAGUUCUUCCUGUUUACAGCCACGUUCGCUGGGACCUGGUUUGUGUUCGGGGUGCUGUGGUACCUGGUCGCUCUGGUGCACGGAGAUCUGCUCGAGUUCGACCCCCCGUCCAACCACACCCCGUGCGUGAUGCAGAUGCAGUCUCUGACCGGAGCCUUCCUCUUCUCUCUGGAGUCUCAGACCACCAUCGGAUACGGCUUCAGGUGCAUCACAGAGGAGUGUCCGGCCGCCAUCAUCCUUCUCAUUGUGCAGCUCGUCAUCACCAUGCUCAUGGAGAUCUUCAUCACUGGAACCUUCCUUGCCAAGGUGGCCCGUCCGAAGAAGCGUGGGGAAACAGUGAAGUUCAGUCAGCACGCUGUGGUGUCCUCUCACGACGGAGUGCCCUGCCUCAUGAUCCGAGUGGCCAACAUGCGCAAGAGUCUGCUCAUCGGCUGCCAGGUGACGGGUAAGCUGCUCCAAACCUCCCUGACCAAAGAGGGAGAGACGGUGCGCUUGGACCAGAGGAACGUGCCCUUCAGUGUGGACACAUCCAGCGACAGCCCCUUCCUCAUCCUCCCCCUCACCUUCUACCAUGUGAUCGAUGACACUAGUCCACUCCGAGCCUGGGCCAACAAGGAUGCCAUCAUCAUGUUUGAGUAA